GGCGUCAGAGGGGGCGCGUAGUGGCUUCGGUGAAACCCAGAGACCCCCGGUGGGUCCGUUUUAGAGAGAAAAACAACCGGAGCGGCUGGAAGAAAGAACUCCCGGUUUACAGAGACACCGAGCGCCGUUAAACUGGAGUGAAGUGAUUUGUGACAGAUUGUAAGCGGGUGGGUGGGUUCUCUCACACUGACCGACUGUUAGCUGUGGCGCUAGCUAGCGAGCUAAGGGGGGGCAGAGGCACAGCGUCGAUAGGCCGCUCCGCUGCUGCUGCUGCUGCUGCUGCUGCUGCUGUUACAGGAGGGGGGAUGUGAUCCCGGCGGACGCGCAGUUUCCUUCCGUCCCGGCGGACCUUUUCAGGAAAGAUGGGACAGCAGGUAGGGCGUGUGGGUGAGGGUGUAUCGGCGGGACUGCAGAACCCACCACAGCACAGCCAUUCCCAGCAACAGCAGGCGCAACAGAUCAAGGCGAACCGGAUCAGCAGCAGCAGUUCUGGGAGGAGACCGCGAGAAGCAAGCAGCACCGGUAACCCUGCCUGCAGACUCGCCGCUAGCGCUAAUCAGCUGGACCCAGGGAUUAAUAUAUUCACCCAACAUUCAGAAGCCCUUCACAGGCCGUUUGGACUCGACUCAUCAGCUCUGACAGAAGCGGGGCGUUGGAGCUCGAAGGAGAACCUUUUGGGUGCUGCUGAAAGCGAUCCCAACCUCUUUGUUGCACUUUACGACUUCGUGGCCAGCGGUGACAACACUCUGAGCAUUACGAAAGGAGAGAAGCUCCGGGUGCUGGGCUAUAACCAGAAUGGCGAGUGGAGCGAGGUUCGCUCGAAGAAUGGUCAGGGCUGGGUUCCCAGUAACUACAUUACACCAGUGAACAGUCUGGAGAAGCACAGCUGGUAUCAUGGCCCCGUGUCCCGCAGCGCAGCCGAGUAUUUGCUCAGCAGCCUCAUUAACGGCAGCUUCCUGGUCAGGGAGAGUGAGAGUAGCCCAGGUCAGCUCUCCAUCUCUCUGCGCUACGAAGGACGUGUCUACCACUAUCGCAUCAACACAGCAUCAGAUGGCAAGGUAUACGUUACCUCUGAGAGUCGUUUCAGUACGUUAGCUGAGUUGGUCCAUCAUCAUUCCACUGUAGCAGAUGGUCUGGUAACAACUCUGCACUACCCAGCACCGAAAUGCAACAAACCCACUGUCUACGGCGUCUCACCCAUCCACGACAAGUGGGAGAUGGAGCGCACCGACAUCACCAUGAAGCACAAGCUGGGCGGAGGCCAGUACGGAGAGGUCUAUGUGGGUGUCUGGAAAAAAUACAACCUCACUGUCGCAGUCAAAACACUCAAGGAGGACACUAUGGAAGUGGAGGAGUUUUUGAAAGAGGCUGCUGUCAUGAAGGAGGUGAAACACCCCAAUCUGGUGCAGUUACUAGGUGUGUGUACACUGGAGCCUCCAUUCUACAUAGUGACAGAGUACAUGCCUCACGGUAACCUGCUGGAUUACCUGCGCGAGUGUGAUCGUGAGGAGGUGAACGCUGUCGUGCUGCUCUACAUGGCCACCCAGAUUUCCUCCGCCAUGGAAUAUCUGGAGAAAAAGAACUUCAUCCACAGGGACCUGGCAGCACGAAACUGUCUUGUCAGUGAAAAUCACGUGGUAAAGGUGGCUGAUUUCGGCUUGAGUCGACUUAUGACCGGAGACACAUACACCGCUCACGCUGGAGCCAAGUUCCCCAUCAAGUGGACCGCUCCAGAAAGCUUGGCGUACAACACCUUCUCUAUCAAAUCGGAUGUCUGGGCAUUUGGGGUGCUUCUGUGGGAAAUUGCCACCUAUGGGAUGUCUCCAUACCCGGGUAUUGACCUGUCCCAGGUCUAUGACCUGCUGGAGAAGGGAUAUCGCAUGGAGCAACCUGAAGGCUGUCCUCCUAAAGUCUACGAACUCAUGAGAGCUUGUUGGCAGUGGAGCCCACUGGACAGACCCUCAUUUGCAGAGACCCAUCAGGCCUUUGAGACAAUGUUUCAUGACUCCAGCAUCUCAGAGGAAGUGGCAGAGGAACUGUGUAAAACUGCGUCGUGCAGUAAGGGAGGGGCACUGCACACCUUCGGACAUGACCAGCCCCUCGUGCCCUGUAAAUCACGACCACAAAAGAAGCACUCGGACAAUAAGGAGAACAUGGACGGGCCCGAGAGCCGUCAGGAACCUGGAGCGCACGGUCCUGCAGGUAUACCAGCUCGACUCUGCUUGACGCGCUCUCUGCUGGGAGGUGAUAGUGGUUCCAGCAGCUCUCCUGCUCUGCCUCGCAAGCAAAGAGACAAAUCCCCCUCCGGCCUGCUUGAUGAUCCACUGGAUUCCUCGUUCACCCGUGACCGCAAGACUGGCUUCUUCAGCUCCUUUAUGAAGAAGAAAUCAUCAUCAUCAUCUGCUUCCGCCUCCCAACUUCAGCACAAUCUUCCCAUGCCCCCCAAGAGGAGCAGCUCCUGUCGGGAGAUGGAGACACAUCCUCAUAAAAAGUAUGAACCCACAAUUGGGUUUGGAGCUCCUCCACCUCCGCUGCCUCAGACUGAUAGCCUAGGUUUCUCUCCAUCUCACGGGGAGGGAAACCAUGUUCAGUCACGCUGCUGUGGAGCUACAUUUGGACAGAAGUUUUCUGCAUCGAACACCUCUGCCCCUACUCAAGUCGGCAGCAGCAGUAGCUGGGCAGGCCUCGCUGGCUUUUUUACCCCACGCCUUAUUAAAAAGACUUUGGGCAUACGAACCGGGAAGCCCUCUGUAACUGAUGAAGGAGGUGGAGGAGCCAGACCCUUUCCUCGGUCAAAUUCCACAUCAUCUAUGUCAGCCGGUUUGCCGGAUUUGGAGCGCAUGGCAUUAACUUUACCUAGAAAUCGAAGCAAACCACCACUGGAGCGUACAGCUUCUACUAGUUCACAGCCAGAGAAUGGUGCCUCACGGCCUCCAGACGUGGUACCAAAAAAGCUGGACGAGGGUACAGCACAAAUACGGGACAGACCCAAAGCUAAACUACUGCCACGUGGGGUAUCAGUGGGCUCAGGAGGUGCAAGGGCACCAGGGGUGGGUGGAGAAGCUGAGCCCGAUGUUCGGGGUAAAGAGGUCCAGGAUGACAGGUCGGCCUGGUCUUCCCCAUCUAAAAUGUUGGUCGGCCCACACAACCACAAAGUCCCGGUUCUGAUUUCACCAACUCUAAAACCCGGCCAAACUGACCCGCACGUAGUCGGUGUAGACUCUCAGGGCAACCGCUUUAGACUGCUAGCUGACAGUGGCGGUGACAGGCCACGGCUCAUAAAGCCUAAGUGCGCACCACCUCCUCCACCCACACUACGUUCCCUUCAACACUCCUAUAGCCUAGACGGAGCCGAGGAGUCAUCAAGUGCAGGCUCGGACUUCAACGGAGACGGGAUCAAAAGAGUAGGAAGAGGCCCUGGAGGAGCUCGACCAUGCAUACCGCCACCACAAGCACCUACAAUACCUACAGCCACUUCGUCUACUUCAACAGCUUCGACCAAGAUGGCUAAUGGUGGCACAACGUCUGCCUCCACAAAGCUGACUUUAAGAAGGACCCGGCAGCAGGUGGAGCGUGUGCCUCUGGAGAAGGUGAGUAAGGAGGCUUUGCUAGAGUGUGCCGAGUACCUAAGCCUUGCACUCUAUAGCACUGAGCCAUCCUCCAGCAGCCAGGUCUUGGACGCUGGUCACCAGUUACUUGACUACUGCUCUGGCUACGUAGACUGCAUCCCACAGAUGCGUAACAAGUUUGCCUUUCGAGAGGCAGUAGGAAAACUUGAACUCAGUCUUCAGGAGCUGCGAGCUUCUUCUACGGGUGGGGGAGGAGCUGGGUCAUGCCCUGCUUUGGACAACUUGCACUCUUGUAUUAAAGAAAUCAGUGAUGUGGUGCAAAGGUAG